AUGAUAAGGGUGGCGUCUCCGCGGCCUCCGGCCGCCGUGCAGCUACGGGGCUGCGGCGCCUCCUCAUCCUCCACUUGCCCCUCCUUCAGGGGUUCCGGCGGUAGAGUUGCGGCGACAAAUGGGAGCAGGAGGAGAAGGAGCGUUAUCGCCUGCUGCUCGUCUGAGGACAAGGAGGGGGCCCGCGGCGCCGCGCCUCCGACGGCCGCACCUUCAGACGGAUCCAUACAGCUCUACUCCCAGAUCGAGAGUCUAACCUCUUGCUGCGGCGGCGGCCGGCCGGCGUGCAGGGUGAUCACGGAGGCGGCAGAGCAGUCCAGCCAGGGCUGGGAUUCGUCCGGAGAUUGGACCGAAAUCGAGGGUGCGUGGGUGUUGAGGCCCAAGUCCUCGGACCCCUCCUUUGUUGUCCAUUUCAUUGGUGGGAUUUUCGUUGGAGCCGCGCCGCAGGUCACCUACCGCUUCUUCCUCGAGCGUCUCGCCGAAAAGGGAGCCUUGGUGAUUGCUACGCCAUAUGCUAGCGGUUUUGAUCAUUUCUACAUCGCAGACGAUGUUCAGUUCAAGUUUGACAGGUGCUUGAGAAACUUGGUUGAACCUGUAAAUGACCUUCCUACUUUUGGUGUCGGACACUCUUUGGGUUCUCUCAUCCAUCUUCUGAUCGGAUCAAGAUAUGCUGUGCAGCGAAGUGGAAACGUACUGAUGGCCUUCAAUAACAAGGAGGCAAGCCUCGCAAUUCCAUUGUUUUCGCCUGUAAUUGUUCCCAUGGCACAGAGUUUUGGUCCGAUACUAUCCCAGUUGACAUCGUCUCCGACAGUUCGUUUUGGGGCUGAAGCAGCUAUUAAGCAACUUGAGAAUCUAGGCCCUCCUGUUGUUAAGCAACUUCUACCGUUACUUCAACAACUUCCUCCACUGUAUAUGGACUUAGUAGAUGGCCGGGAAGACUUCAUUCCAAAACCAGAAGAGACCCGUCGGCUGAUAAAAUCCUACUAUGGAAUUUCUCGAAACCUCCUAGUGAAGUUUAAAGAUGAUCAAAUCGAUGAAACCUCUAUCCUUGCACAAGUACUAAGCUCUGAAGCUGCAAUUAGCUCACUGCUUGAUAUGUCGAUUCGGUCACUUCCUGGGGAUCAUGCCCUGCCAUUACAACAGGUACUACCUGACGUUCCACCAGGAAUGGCUGAUGCAGUGAACCGUGGAGGUGAACUCCUUGCAAAUCUAACAGCAGGCACACCAUGGGAAGCUGUUGCUAAAGAGGUAGGUACCACUUUUGGCACUGACUCUGGCAUUCUGCGAACACAGGUCCCUGAGGAUGUCAAUGCACUUGUCGAUGUAAUUGUUUCAUGGAUAGCUUCAAAUUCUGGCCCAAAGCUACUUCGUUGAUGACCACCCACAAUGUUUAUUGGAAUGUAAAUACCAGUGAACAACAUCAGAAUGCCACUGACGAAUUGUGAGUAAUGGAAAUUUUAGAUCGCGUGUCA